GGGAGGCAGAGGAAGACGAGGGCUCGAAAACGAGGGAGGCAAAGUGAGAGAGGUGCGGAGACGAGGGAGUGAGUGGGUCUCCCCACCCGUAGUGCGAGGAGCGCUUCCUUGGGGGAAGGGCACGGCUCGGAGGCCUUUAGCCGUGUUCGCCGAAAUCUUCCGUGGGGCGGAGCAGGAGAAGCGUUGUGAAAGGGACCCUAAGUUUCCAAAUUCUCAUGAAUCAUCUCCUAUCCUCCCGGCGUCAACUCAUCACCACAAAUACGCGUUGCGCCCAACUUUUCGGUAAGCUGACUUCAUCACUGAUUAAUCGUCAUGUUUCUCCGGCUCCAAACCCCACCAAUCAUCACCCUGUGACGCCGCACCUCACCAGCCUCAGCCGCCCCCUGCGGCCUGCCUCACUUGGGCACUUCCCCCUUCUGUCCUCCUCCUCCUGCGACAGCUCGUGGCAGCAAGCUCUGCUCAACAGAGCAGCUGCUCUGUACGGGCCGGUCGGUGAUGGAGCGGCACGCGGGCAUGGCGUUCCUGGACCUGGUGGCGAAGCAGGUUGACCCGGGCGCGCCGGGGUUCUGGCGCGACUUCCUGCUGGGCAUGCUGAAGCCGGUGGCGGCGACGGCCGUGGUGGCCAUGGCCGUCGCGCUCAGCUUCUCGCAGCGCCUGGGGCUGGAGGGCGAGAUGCUCUACGCCACCGCGCGCGCCUUCCUCCAGCUCUCCGUCAUCGGCUUCGUGCUCCAGUUCAUCUUCACCCAGAAGAACGCGCUCUGGAUCCUCCUCGCCUACCUCUUCAUGGUGACGGUCGCCGGCUACACGGCGGGCCAGCGCGCCAAGCAGGUGCCCCGUGGGAAGUACAUCGCCUUCGUCUCCAUCCUCGUCGGCACCGCCGUCACCGUGCUCCUGCCAGUCCUGCUCGGCGUCUUCCCUUUCACCCCGCGCUACAUCAUCCCCCUCGCCGGCAUGAUAAUCGGGAACGCCAUGACCGUCACCGGCGUCACCAUGAAGAAGCUCCGGGAGGACAUCAAGAUCCAGAGGGACCUGGUGGAGACGGCGCUGGCUCUGGGCGCGACGCCGCGGCAGGCGACGCGGCAGCAGGUGAAGCGGUCGCUGGUGAUCGCGCUGUCGCCGGACAUCGACAGCGCCAAGACGGUGGGGCUGAUCACGCUGCCGGGCACCAUGACGGGGCUGAUCAUGGGCGGCGCGUCGCCGCUGGAGGCCAUCCAGCUGCAGAUCGUCGUCACGUACAUGCUCUUGAGCGCCUCCACUGUCAGCAGCAUCCUCUCCACCUACCUCUGCUGGCCGGCAUUCUUCACCAAGGCCUUCCAGCUCGAUGACAAGGUAUUUGCAGACUAGGGAGGAUGCUUUUGCGUUGCAGGGAAACGAAAAACUGUAACUUUUGGCUUUGGGUGAUGCUGAAUUUCUGAGUUUGUUCAGUGAUAUGAGGUGGGAACAGGACUGUAUUUACUUUCAGCGUCAAUUUUGGAUGGUGAAUUACUGAACUGUGACCAUUAUUAUUGAUGCUGUUUAGAGAUUGCAAGCGUCCCUGUCUUUCCUGACAACAUGCUCAA